AUGGCGGCAUAUUCCGCUCUAAUUAGGUGGCCCGGUAACAAAACUUUUUACCCCCGCUUGCAUUCGCCAGGGCCUCGGCAAAUUGUGGUGGCCGUGCAGUGGGUUAUAAAAUCUUGGCCCCCUGGACUGGAUGGGCCACAGGGCAGCUCCCAUUCUUUGGAAACCCUCCGUUCGCUUCUUCUUCUUCUUCUUUCUUCGUUCUUCUUCGCUUUCCUCUCUCUCUCUCUCUCAUCUUUCCGGGAGGAGAAGGCAUGGGGGUUCUUGCUCGAUUGCCAGCAGCAUGCCAAGAUUGUCCUGGCCGCGAUUCAAAAUUCGGCAGCGCGGGCUGUGAGAUUCACACCCAAUUCUUGUCUUUCCGUUUUGUCGCUCCUCGAUGGUUGGGUUUUCUCUUUUCCCUCCCUACCAAUCAAUCCCUUCCUCCUUGAGUUCACGUGUGAGAGGAUGAGAUCGAUUGCGGAGCAAGUCCUGGAUGUGGGGAUUGUUGCCUGGCUCGAGGGAGGCAUUCCUUUGAUCUUUUCUCUCCUGGGAAGUACUCCAGAAGAACUGUGCCAGAAAUGUGCGCUCUCGGACCAGGCUUCAUUCCCCUCAUCUGAGAUUGCACCAUUCACUCUCGCCUUCGUCGUCGACUACGCGCUCUCUCUCUCGAAUCCAUGCAUCCAUGCAGAGUUGCAGGGAGAACUCUAGUUUCUUCGUUUGUUGUCUACAGCAUGGUUUCGUGAUAGCUCUUGACUUCCUUCACCACGGACAAGACUUUUUCGUUCUGAUCUGUCGUGAUCAUGGUGGGAAAGCUUUCGUUACCACGUAGAAUUGUAGUAUGUACUGCUCCUGAGAUCAGUGACUUUUCAUCCGAAACAACAAUAAGAUCUGGUUCCCGAAGCAUAGCGUCGUGAAGUGCACGUUGUUUGGCCUCGGGAGCUCCACUUCUUUCGUGAUUCGUGAUCGAUCUACGACUGCAUUACAAGUCAACUCGGAGCUGGGUGUUUUGGUUUUCGCAAUGCUGCGCACCGCAGCAAUUCCGCAAGGCUUUUUUCCUAAAAAAUCUCGGCAUUGCGGUGCACAGAUUCCUUCAAGGAACGGCCAAAGCAAAACCAACACAACGACAGGCAAAUGCUCACCGAAGUUUCGAAGUUGCCGUUCUAAAUCAGCUUCUCUUAUUAUUUUUAUUAUUAUGAUUAUUAUAGGCAGUCCUGGACAAGUCCCAUUCUGUCCUUGUGUUCUGCUUAUAAUCGUUGCGUAACAAGUUGUGAAAUUGUAGAAAUAUAAAAUGCAAACACCACCGCAUAAUAACUAAUCUACAAACGCAACGCUCUCGCGGA